AUGGCAUCAUUCAGAAACAACUCUGAAGCUCUGAUCUCUGAAUUCCUUCUCAUCUGCUUCCCUAACUACCAGACCUGGCAACACUGGCUCUCCCUACCCCUCAGCCUCCUCUUCCUCCUGGCCAUGGGGGCCAAUGCCACCCUUCUUAUCACUAUCCGGAUGGAGCCCUCUCUGCAUGAGCCCAUGUACUACCUGCUCAGCCUCCUCUCCCUGCUGGACAUUGUGCUCUGCCUCACUGUCAUACCUAAGGUCCUGGCCAUCUUCUGGUUUGACAGAAAAUCCAUCAGCUUCUCUGCCUGCUUCCUCCAGAUGUUUGUCAUGAACAGUUUCCUGACGAUGGAGUCCUGCACCUUUAUGGUCAUGGCCUAUGACCGCUAUGUGGCCAUCUGCAAGCCUCUGCAGUACCCAUCCAUCAUCACUGACCAGUUUGUGGCUAGGGCUGCCAUCUUCAUUAUAAGCAGGAAUGCCUUUUUUUCUCUCCCUGUCCCCAUCCUUUCUGCCAGACUGAAAUACUGUGCUCAGAAUAUCAUCAAGAACUGCAUCUGCACCAACCUGUCUGUGUCCAAACUCUCUUGUGAUGACAUCACCUUCAAUAAACUAUACCAGCUUGUAGCAGGUUGGACUCUUCUGGGCUCUGACCUCAUCCUCAUUGUUCUCUCUUACUCUUUUAUCUUCCAUGUCGUGCUCCGGAUCAAAGCUGAGGGAGCUAUAGCCAAGGCCCUGAGUACAUGUGGUUCCCACUUCAUCCUCAUCCUCUUCUUCAGCACAGUCCUACUGGUGCUGGUCAUCACUAACCUGGCCAGGGAGAAGAUACCCCCGGAUGUCCCAAUCCUGCUCAACAUCCUGCAUCACCUCAUCCCCCCAGCUCUGAACCCCAUUGUGUACGGGGUAAGAACCAAAGAGAUCAAGCAGGGAAUCCAGAACUUGCUGAGGAGGUUGUAA